AUGACCAGGAGUCAGCCUGCGCCCCGUUGGGCAGUCUUGCUCUCCUUGGUGAUCCUUAUCGGAUGCAUUGUCAUCCCCAGCUGGGCUGUCAAACACGGAGACUUCAAGACAUGCGAACAGUCUGGAUUCUGUAAACGAAACCGCGCGUACGCCGACGACGCUUCUGCUCAAAGCUCAUGGAACUCGCCCUACGAGCUCGAUCCCGCCACCGUACACUUCAAGGAUGGUCUAUUUACAGGUGUCCUCGUCAAAACAACCACUGCCGAUGAUAAGGUCCGACUACCUCUCACAGUCUCUUUCUUGGAAUCGGGAGCCGCUCGUCUGUUGGUUGAUGAAGAGAGACGAUUGAAGGGCGAUAUUGAAAUGCGACAUGGCAGCAAGGCAAACAAGAAACGUUAUGAUGAAGCUGAGCAAUGGGCGCUUGUCGGGGGCCUGGAAGUUAGCAAGUCGGCUACAUUGAAUGCCCAGAGUGAAACCGGCUUCACUCAUGUUCUAUAUGGACCUGGAGAUAAGUUCCAGGCAGUCAUUCGCCAUGCACCAUUCAGCAUUGACUUCCAAAGAGACGGUCAAACUCAUGUUCAAUUGAACGAGCGAGGCUUGUUGAACAUGGAGCACUGGCGCCCGAAGGUGGACGGAAAGGAAGGCGGCGAGGACGAAAGCACCUGGUGGGAGGAGACAUUCGGUGGAAGCACGGACUCCAAACCCCGUGGCCCAGAGAGCGUUGCUCUUGAUGUCACUUUCCCUGGCUACAGUCAUGUGUUUGGUAUCCCAGAGCAUGCCGACUCGCUUUCACUCAAGGAAACCAGAGGCGGCGAGGGCAACCACGCUGACCCUUACCGUCUAUUUAACUCGGACGUAUUCGAGUAUGAGCUCGAGAGCCCAAUGACUCUCUACGGUGCCAUUCCGUUCAUGCAAGCCCACCGCAAAGACUCCACUGUCGGUGUUUUCUGGCUCAAUGCUGCAGAAACCUGGAUUGAUAUUGUCAAGUCUACAACCACCGCCAAUCCUCUGUCUUUGGGCACCAGCUCGAAGACCAACACUCAGACCCACUGGAUAUCUGAGUCUGGUCGCCUCGACUUGUUUGUCUUCCUUGGUCCUUCGCCUAAAGAAAUCAGUAAGACGUAUGGUGAGCUCACUGGAUACACGCAACUUCCCCAGCAAUUUGCCAUUGGUUACCACCAAUGUCGCUGGAACUAUGUUACAGACGAGGACGUCAAGGAGGUGAACGCCAAGUUUGACAAAUACCAAAUUCCGUACGAUGUUAUCUGGCUUGAUCUUGAAUAUACUGAUGACCGUAAAUACUUCACCUGGGAUCCGCUCACCUUCCCUGACCCCAAGGGUAUGCAGGAGAAGCUUGAUGAGACAGAGCGCAAGCUUGUUGUUCUGAUUGAUCCUCAUAUCAAGAAGGCGGAUAACUACUACGUGUCCGACGAGCUCAGAAGCAAGAAUCUCGCCGUACUCAACAAGGAUGGCGAGAUCUACGAUGGAUGGUGCUGGCCCGGAUCCUCGAACUGGGUCGACUGUUUCAACCCCGCGGCUCGCGUGUGGUGGACUGCCCUCCACAAGUACGACAAGUUCAAGGGAUCCCUCUCGAACCUUUUCAUCUGGAACGAUAUGAAUGAGCCGUCUGUUUUCAACGGACCGGACAUGAGUAUGCCCAGAGACAACCUGCACUAUGGCAACUGGGAGCACCGUGAUAUUCACAAUGUCAACGGCAUGACUCUCCUGAAUGCCACUUACGAAGCCAUGCUCCAGCGCAAGAAGGGCGAGAUCCGCCGUCCAUUCAUUCUGACCCGCUCAUUCUACGCCGGCUCUCAGCGUGUUUCCGCUAUGUGGACUGGAGAUAACCAGGCCACAUGGGACCACUUGGCGGCAUCUGUUCCUAUGGUCCUAACCAACGGCAUUGCUGGUUUCCCCUUCGCCGGUGCCGAUGUCGGUGGCUUCUUCCACAACCCGGAUAAGGAUCUUUUGACCCGCUGGUACCAAGCCGGUAUCUGGUAUCCCUUCUUCCGCGCCCACGCUCACAUCGAUACUCGUCGCCGUGAACCCUAUCUCAUCAGUGAGCCUCACCGAUCCUACAUCGCGCAGGCUAUCCGUCUGAGAUACCAACUUCUCCCUGCCUGGUACACUGCUUUCCAUGAAGCCUCGGUCAACGGCACACCGAUCGUGCGACCUCAAUACUACGCCUUCCCAGAUGACGAGCAAGGCUUCGCCAUCGAUGAUCAGUUCUACCUUGCUGCUACUGGUCUUCUCGUGAAGCCCGUUCUGACCGAGAAGACCGAGACCGCGGACGUGUACAUCUCCGACGACGAGAAGUACUAUGACUACUUUGACUUCACCGUCUAUCAGGGUGCUGGUAAGAAGCAUACCGUCCCCGCCCCUGAGGAGAAGGUGCCCGUCCUGAUCCAGGGUGGCCAUAUCAUUCCCCGCAAGGAUCGUCCCCGUCGCAGCGCUGGUCUCAUGCGCUGGGAUCCCUACACCCUCGUCAUCACCCUAGACAAGAACGGCGAGGCCGAAGGAAGCCUGUACGUAGAUGACGGUGAGACCUUCGACUACGAGCGUGGAGCCUACAUCCACCGCAACUUCCACUACCUUGGGUCUGUCCUGUCCUCGGAAGACGUCGGUACCAAGGGACCCAAGACAGCCGAGUACCUCAAGACCAUGGCCGGUGUCACCGUUGAGCGAGUGAUCAUUGUCGACCCACCGGCCGAAUGGAAGAACAAGGAGACCGUGACCGUGAUCGAAGACGGGUCCAAGGCUGGUUCGACAGCCUCACUGGAAUUCUACGAGCAGCCGCUAGGACAGGCUUCUUAUGCCGUGGUCAAGAAGCCAGAUGUUGGCAUUGGAAAGACAUGGCGUAUCGAGUUCUGA